AUGCAGCCGUUGGUUAAUCACAGGAAAGCCUUUCAGGAAAUAUUGUCAUCGUUAACAAUUCCUUCCGCGGAAACCCCGGUGGAUUGUAAUUUGUCUGAUGGAGAAACCGAUGCUUCUGCGAUUGUUGGUCAUUCAGAAAGACUAUCUGCUGCCGAACAAGUGACUGAUUCUGAGCCAUGUCCGAAUCAACCACUGAUCUACUUUGAUGAAGAACCCGUUCGAGAAUCCGCUGCUGGAAAACAUCGGCCAAAUGGUCAAGUCGUCGAGAUGUCUCAAAGCACUUGUGAUGAUUCUGUAAAGCGUAUGCGUGACGACUUUUUCGCGGAAAUGGCUAGAAAACACGCCCAUCAACUGGAAAAGCUUAAAAUUUUGCAGCAAACUGAAAUGGAGGAACUUUGGAUGCGGUUCGGGCUCCAGCAAAGUUCUUCAAUUCAAGAUCGACAGAACUCAUCGGUUGCAACACAACGGACUUGUCCAUCGUCAGCGGAAGGAAACUGUCGAGUUUCCCAGACUCCGGAUGCCUCCGUUGUAAACGACGAUUCAGAGUUUCGAAAAGCAAGUUCUGUCAUUACUUCUGCUAGAACUGAUGCAAGUUUGAAGGACGACAGAAGCGGCAUUUCAGAAAAAAUUUCCGAUGCGCGUGACAACGAAUACGAACAUCGGAUGGCUGAAAUCCACGAAUCCAGAACACCGGGUUCGGUUUGGAAACAGUGCAUCGCCGAUGAACCCGGCUUGAGCAAAAUUCCGGGAACACGGUCAUCGUUUGCAUCAACAUUGGAUGGGCUCACCAUGGAAGAUUCUCUUGCAACUCCGGUUCCUCCUCACGAAGAACCCGUGUCCUUCAUUUACGUUCCUGAAGAAGCGUUGGAUCCCAAAUCACAGAAAGUUUGGUGCAAGGUCUCCGCGCACGCGAAAGGCUUCCUCACCCGCCGCCUUCUUAGGACUGAGAAAACUAUAAAUCUCAUCAGGUGCAUCUUGGACACAGCCAAAGUUGCUUAUGAGCUGGGAGAUUCUGAAGAGGAAGCCUGGUUGAGGAAACGAUUCGUUGCGCAGAUGCGCUCGGAUAUAGAAAAAUUCCACGACAUUUUCUUUGCUCUGUCGACGACUGAACAGAUGCAUGUCAUUGCUCGAGACAGAGAGGCACGUCGUACAAAGGAACUCAGGAAAAACAGGGAAGAGCAAAUUUCAGCCACGAUUUACGGAGUCCCGGAAUUCGGCUCUUCAGUGGAAUUCAUCUUCCAUUCAAUGCUCGGGAACGGGGAUCAGGUUGAUGUUAUUUUCACGGAGCCACUUAACGAUGCGGAAAUGCUGGCGGAAAAUGCGACAGAUUCAGGGUUCGGCAAAUCAGCCACGGUGCUAAUUAGGACGGAAGCAUGUGGCAACAGAAACGAAAGCGACGAUUCUCUCUCCAAUACCACCACCACAGAGACAACUUUUACAGAUCUUGGGCCCAAUCCUGACACGACCAAUCAAUCCAUCACGAUAUUCGAAGCAUCGUCCAGGACUGUGAGCAUCAAUGACUGGAAGAACCUCACAAAAAUUUGGAAUGAUGGCGGCAUCUUCACGGUAGAAAUAAAACUCGAACAAUGUAAGAACUUGGGAAUAAAUGCUCAAGAACAUCAAGGACGACAAGAAACGAUUGCUUUCACGAUUUUGAGCAGCUAUUUGAGCAGUGAAGAGUACAUUGGUGCAUCGAAACCCGGAGUUACUCAUUUUGAAGAAGAAACCUGGAUAACGCAGCAUUUCAUCAUCAUCACGCUGAAUAAUGGAAGCGAGACGAUUUACGUGAACGCGCUGAAGUUCAGUGCGAACAACUACGAUUUCCAACAGCUCCAAUCACAGUUUUACGACUGCGGUUCAUUCCUAGAUUCCAGCGUCGUUCUGGGGUAUAAUGUCGGACCACCAGGUGUCAGUCAAUAAAUCAACAGAAAGAAGUGCAUACCUGUCUUUCAAAUUCCCUCGGUGUCUUCCUUCAACAUUUGGAGGUUGAACAUGUGCCGGAUCGUUGGACGACCAUGAGGACAGUCCUGAAAGAUCAGGAAAAAUAUAAUACUG